AUGGGUACCAUUCAACCUCACGUCGUAGAGGAUUGUUGCGGAAUCGUUCAACUCUAUAGCGACGGCACUAUUUUCCGCUCCAAAGACUUGAAGUUAGACUUUCCGGUCCACGACGACGGCUCCGUCCUUUGGAAAGACUACCUAUUCCACCAAACCCACGACCUCCAUCUCCGCCUCUAUAAACCCGCGCCGCCGACGACCUCCGCCGCCGCAAAACUUUCGGUGGUUUUCUUCAUGCACGGUGGCGGAUUUUGUGUGGGGUCAAGGACGUGGCCUAACUUCCACAACUGUUGCAUGCGCCUGUGUUCCGGGCUACAAGCCGUCGUCAUUGCGCCGGAUUAUCGCCUCGCCCCGGAGCAUAGGCUUCCGGCAGCGUUGGAAGAUUCAUUGAGUGCUCUUAAGUGGCUUCAAUCUCAGACCAUCAAUAAUAAAAAUGAUGAUGAUGGAGUGCCGCCGGUUGACGUUGACCGGGUUUACGUUCUGGGGGACUCCUCCGGUGGGAACUUGGCUCACCACUUGGCCGUACAGCUCGGACCGGGAUCGCCGGAGCUGGCUCCGGUGAGAGUACGUGGCUAUGUGCUGAUGGCGCCGUUCUUUGGAGGGACGGUGAGGACUAAGUCCGAAGUGGAGGGACCUCCAGAACCGCUCUUAACUUUGGAGCUUCUUGACUGUUUUUGGAGGCUGUCAUUACCGAUUGGAGAGACUGCGGAUCACCCACUGGCGAAUCCUUUUGGGCCUUUAAGCCCAAGUCUGGAAUCGGUAAUUCUGGACCCACUAUUGGUGAUUGUUGGGGGAGGUGAGCUGAUGAAAGAUAGAGUGGAAAACUAUGCAAACAAAUUGAAGGAAUUAGGAAAAGAAGUCAAGUACCUUGAAUUCCAAGGAAAACCACAUGCUUUCUUUACCAAUGAUCCAUACUCGGAUGUGUCAAGUGAAGUUUUGAAGCAGAUUAAGAGUUUUAUUAGCCAAAUUACUCAGAUAAGUUAA